UCUUCUGCUACUUCUUGCUGGAUCACCCAAAAGAUUUUCCUUCAAGAACAUCUUCUGAUUUGAUUGAUCAACAAAAACCCAUCAAGGAUUUCCUUUCGUUUUCUUCUUUGUUUUGAGUUUUCGACGAGAUUGAGUCAUGGGAAAAAGCAAUAGUAGCAGAGAUUGGGCUCAGAUCUAUGCCAUUUACGGCAUGAAUCAAUGGCAAACUCUUGUUUUCCUUUUAUGUCACGCUGUUUUCUUCUCCCUACUUUCGUUCAUCUUCCUUUUCUACUUCGGCCCUAUCUUCCACUUCUUCCAAACUAUCCUUCCCAGUCCUAGCGCCGCCCGUUUCGCCGCCGGGUUCAGCGGGGCCGUCACGUCGAUUUCAGCUGUCUGCUUGUUCCUCGCGGCGGCAAACUUUUUCUACUCCGCUGGGCCUUUGCAUUACGAAAUGGCGCAGCGGAUGGUGGGGUCGGUUUAUGAUUGGUCCACGGUGAAGCUGGCGCUUGAUGUCGGUUGCGGCAGAGGUAUUCUUCUCAAUUCGGUGGCGACUCAGCUGAAAAAGGCCGGAAGUUCGGGUCGGGUUGUUGGGUUGGAUCGUUCUAAACGGACAACUUUGUCCACGCUCCGAACCGCAAACAUUGAAGGCGUGGGGGAGUACGUAACUUGCAAAGAAGGAGAUGUGAGGAGUCUCCCGUUCCGGGAUAACUAUUUCGACGUGGUGGUUUCGGCCGUGUUCGUCCACACCGUGGGAAAAGAAUACGGCCAUCGCACGGUGGAGGCAGCGGCGGAGAGGGUGAGAGUGUUGGGGGAGAUGGUUAGGGUCUUAAAGCCUGGCGGCGUGGGUGUCGUUUGGGACCUCCUCCACGUGCCGGAAUACGUGCGGCGGUUGCAGGAACUAAAGAUGGAGGAUAUUGGAGUCUCCGAGAGUGUAACUGCCUUCAUGGUUAGCAGCCACAUGGUAUCCUUUAGGAAGCCCAAUCAGCAUAUUGUGGGUCCGGGGGAAGUCCGAUUGGAUUGGCGAUGCUGACGUGGAAA